AUGAAUUUAGGUAAUGAGAAAGAGCUCAAUGAUCUUCUUGAUCUCAACGCGGUAAAACAUCGAACACAUUUUACAAAUACUACUGUCAACACAUCAUCAUCAUCAUCAUCAUCUCGACUUCCUCUUCCGAUGUUAUGUUCAACGACUGGUUACCGAAAUGGAAGUCAUGCUCCACCACAGUCAACAAACACUGCAUCCAUUUAUAAUACCAAUGGUAAUAGUUCCAGUAAAGAUUAUUGGACAUCAUCAACAACAUAUGACGAAACAAUUUAUGAAGGCAAUUAUAGCAAUCGUGAUAUUCUUCAUCCAUUUAUAACAUCAGAACCCUUGAAUUCAUCUAGUCAAUUUACCUCCUCGAAUUCAACAUCUCGUACAUCAACAAAUGAUUUGACAUAUUCUGAAAAACUUAAUGAAAAAACUCGUCGAUCAACAAAUGUUUAUACUUCGGAGGAUUAUAAUCCGGAAAAUCCUGGACGAUAUCCACCAGGAAAGUCAGUCUAUGGAAAUGAAUCCGCUUACUAUGUUGACAGUCAAACUGGUAAUCCAUGGUUAGCACCAACACCAAAUUAUAUACCAAACGACCUUGGCAAUAAUCAUGGAACAUAUAAUGAUGCCAGUGGAACAUGUUUACCAUCGAUGGCAAGUUUUCGACCUCAACAACCAACAACAUAUACGAGUAAUGGCAACGAUCAAACAGUACAAACUGGAGAAACUCUCGGCAAAGCAUUACAAUCAAUUUAUGCAAGCGAACAUCCCUACUCUUCAACGCCAUCAACGUCAGUCGCAUCACCUCCAGUAAAUGGAUCUAGUCAAGCAUGGAUAAAUGCAACGCCAACUUAUCAUCAUCUGACACCUUUAAUCGAUGUAUCUGAUGACUCCUAUUAUGUACACAAUUUAAACGAGCCACCAAGAUUAGAUGUUGAUGAAUCUUUUCGACAAACUGAUUAUCAUCAUUACUAUACUGGUUACCAUCAUCCACAUUCCACUGCAGCGUAUUCGGCAUUCUUAAAUCAUCCUACGACAUCGGAUCCAUCAACAAGAAAUCGACAUCAUGAUCCAUAUUUACCAUAUGCUAACCCUCCAUCGGCAUCAUCAUCGACAUCAUCCAAUGACGCUAAUAUAACAUCAAUAAAUCCUGAUCUAAAACUUGACAAUCUUGAUAAAGUUAAAGUUGAUGUUGAAAAUAAGCCACCGCCGACAUCAAAUGGUCUAUCACAAUUAACAACAGAUAAAUUAAAUGAAUUUAAUCGUUGUCAUGACAUAGAUUUGGAGAAUGCAACACCAUUAACAAUAGCAGUUGGUGGUCCAAGUGGAGGCCAUAUUGGUCCAACAUCAUCAUCAUCAGCAACGAAAUUACGAAAUUCAUUAACAUUAAGUCCUAAUAGUCAUAUGAAUUUAUCUUGUAUGCGCGGUGGACCAUCAUCAGAAGGUAGUAUUAUUGAUCCUGACGAAACACCGGAAGAACGUGAACGACGAGAGAAAGAUCGAAGAGCUGCGAAUAACGCACGAGAAAGAUUACGCGUUAGAGAUAUAAAUGAUGCAUUUAAAGAGCUCGGCCGUAUGUGCUCAAUUCAUAUGCGCAAUGAUAAACCAGUUACUAAACUAGGCGUACUUCAGCAAGCUGUUAAUUUAAUAACUACACUUGAGCAACAAGUUCGAGAACGUAAUUUAAAUCCCAAAGCUGCAUGUUUACGCCGACGUACUGAAGAAAAAUCUGACGAUCAUAAUGGAAAUAUGAAUGUGUUAACAUCUCAAAGUUCGAUGUUGAUGCCAAGUGAAUCUUCAUCUGUCGAUGGAUCUAAUUUUAUGGAACAAAUGCAUCAAUCAAUACCACCUUCUUACUGGCAACAAUAA